AUGGAUAGUCGAUUUAUCAAUGUUGUUCUACUUGGCUCAGCAUUUAUGGUUUUAUUUACAGCAUUUCAAGCUACUGGCAUGAUAUCACAAAGUGCAUUGGAAGGUGUUAAAAAUGAAACAGUUAAUGGAACGAGUUUUCAUGGCAGUGGUUAUAUCAGCAUGGCUAUUCUAUAUUCAUUUUUCUCUUUAACAAAUGUAUUUGCACCUGCUAUUGUAGCAAUUUUGGGUCCAGCUGUUUCUAUGUUCUUUGGUGGAACAACUUAUUUUCUAUAUGUUGUUUCAUUUAUUUAUCCAAUGACAUGGUCAUAUUAUGUUAUAUCUAUAUUAAUCGGUAUAGGAGCAGCUAUUUUAUGGACAGCACAAGGAGUCUAUCUAACAAAAAAUUCUGAUGAUAUGACUGUAAGUCGUAAUUCUGGUAUCUUUUGGGCGUUAUUUCAAGUUAGUCUUCUAUCUGGUAAUAUUUAUGUGUUUGUAGCAUUAAAAACUCAAAUAAUUGAUCGUGCUACACGUAUUCCAUUAUUUGCUGUGUUUUCAAUUGUAUCAGGUGCUGGUCUAGUCUUAUUUAUUUUUAUUAUAUGGCGUUCAUAUGUUGAAAAACGUCGGGAUAAUAUACCUCCUAUCGAAGAACCGAAAAAAAGUACAGCAGCAGAUAUUGUUCAAACAUUAAAAGUAGCUGUAAGAUUAUUAAAAACACGAAAUAUGCUCUUACUACUUAUUCCAUUUUCUUAUACGGGUUUAUCAAAUACAUUAUUUACAGGAGUUUUUGCAACAUGUAUCGGACAUUAUGUUAAAUACGGAGAUACUCGAAAACGACUGAUUGGUUUACAUGGUCUUCUUGUAGGCUGUGGGGAAAUUUUAGGUGGAGGAUUAUUUGGAUUUAUAACAAAGCCAAAAACUGCAUCACAAAAAGCUUUAAUGAUUCUUGUUGGUUGUAUUUUACAUAUGAUAUAUUUUUAUUCUGUAUUUGUUAAUUUUCCAUUCGAUUCAGCACAAAAGGAAAGUACUGAAAAACCAUUCUUUGAUUUUAGUGCAACAACAAGUCAAGUUAUUACAUUUAUUGGUUCAUUUAUUGUUGGUCUAGGUGAUAGUAGUAUGAACACUCAAUUAAUGAAUAUUUUAGCAUCGCGAUAUAAACAAACGACUGCUUCAGCUUUUGCCAUAUUUAAACUUGUUCAGUCGUUGAUGGCUGCUGUAGCAUUUUUUUAUGCAGGCGCAUUACAAAUUCAAUGGCAAAUAUUGAUUGUUGUGAUAUUUUUAUUCUUUAGCACAUUAGCUUUCUUUGCAGUUUUAUUUGAUGAAGAAAAUACUGAAGGAAUAGCACCUUUAGUAACGAAUAUAAGUACAGAAGAAGAUGAUGAUGAUACUGGCAAUCGAAAUUAUUCAUCUCUUGUUGAAUCAUAA